AAAAUUGAAAAGAUGUUGAAAUUCUGCAAAAUGGCAUCUAUUCAAUUUCCAACAGUAUCGGGGGAACCAGCCCCCAAUAUUUCAACGUAGGUUCUUUUCUAUUUUCCCUAAGUGUUGGCCGGUCUGAGAAAGAAAGUACAAAAGAGAGAAAUUUUACAGCUGGGUCCCUGGGGGUGACAUCACAUCGGCAGGUUCUGUGUUGCCCCCAAGCUGCAAAACCAGCAAGUUUUUAUUAGCAAUUUUCAAAGGGGAGGGAGUGUACGAAUAGGGUGUGGGUCACAGACAUCACGUGCUUCAAAGGCAAUAAAAUAUCACAACGCAAAUGGGGGCAGAGCAAGAUCACAAGUCCAGGGCAAAAUUAGCAUUGCUGAUGAGGUUUCAUGUCCCACUGUGCACACAUUGUCAUUGAUAAACAUCUUAACAGGAAACAGGGUUUGAGAACAGACAACCAAUCUGACUAGAAUUUCACCAGGCUGGAAUUUCCCAAUCCUAGCAAGCUUGGGGGCGCUGCAGGAGACCAGGGCAUAUUUCAUCCCUUAUCUACAACUGCAUAAGACAGACACUCCCAGAGCGGCCAUUUUAGAGACCGCCCCCUGAGAAUGCAUUCUUUUCCCAGGGCUGUUCCUUGCUGAGAAAAAGAAUUCAGCGAUAUUUCUCCUAUUCGCUUUUGCAAGAAGAGAAAUAUGACUCUGUUCUGCCUGGCCCCACAGGCAGUCAGACCUUAUGGUUAUCUCCCUUGUUCCCUGAAAAUCGCUGUUACCCUGUUCUUUUAGGAUGCCCAGAUUUCAUAUUGUUCAAACAAAUGUUUUACAAUUUGUACAGAUAACGCAAUCAUCACAAGGUCCUGAGGCGACAUACAUCCUCAGCUUACGAAGACGACGGAAUUAAGAGAUUCAAGUAAAGACCGGCAUAGGAAAUUAUAAGAGUAUUGAUUGGGGAAGGAAUAAAUGUCCAUGAAAUCACAAUUUAUGUUCUUCUGCCGUGGCUUCAGCCGGUCCCUCCAUUUGGGGUCCCUGACUUCCUGCAACACCACAGCACUUCAUUUCCAACAAAUGAAAUGGAAGCUGUGCCAAAAUGAAUGAAAGAAGUGCCACCCCACCCCAGGCCCAGACAGAAGUUUGGCUCAAAGAUCUGGUCUGCUUUCCCACUGGUCCUGCUCUACUGGAGAGUGCUCUAGACUUUUGAAUACAUAUAGGAAAAAGUGAUUCCCAUAAGAUGUGAAUAUUUCCAAAUAACAAAAUCACAUGUGGCAAAACUUCUGAGCAUUUCGGUUGUUUGGGGCCAUUCCUGUAAACCACGUCUGUUUGCCCCUUACUGCUCCAUCGCACCACAGCCACCAAACUUCCCAGCCGACUUAAGACACGGGCUGGCUGAGCACUGUGGCUCCCCGUCUGCAGUCCCAGCACUUUGGGAGGCCGAGGCAGGAGGACUGCUUGAGCCCAGGAGUUUGAGACUAGCCUGGGCAACACAGGAAGACCCUGUGUCUACCAAAAAUGAAAUAAAAAUUAUCCAGACCGUGUCUCUACCAAAAAAAAAAAAAAAAAAACUAAAAAUUAUCGAGGCUGCAGUGAGCCAAGAUCAUUCCACUGCACUGCAGUCUGGGUGACACAGCAAGACCCUAUCUCAAAAAAAAGACACAGGCUGUGUAUGGACAUGGGGGCCCCUGAAAAUAAUUAGCCAUCCCUCAAAGCUGCUGGAAUGGGGAAGACUAGGGACAGGGAGCAGCGUGAUGCCAAGGACAGGCCUCCAAACUGAGGUCACAGGGUGGCCCAAGGCCCUGGACAUCAGGGCAGGCUGCCUCUACAAGUGGGCGUAAUUCCAGGCAGUAGCUGCUGAGCCGAGUGGGCCCCUGCAAGAAGAGAAGUGCCCGUCUUCUGAUCACCCUGGAGAUUUGCAUCUCUCCAUCCUGCCCAGACAGUCUCUGGCAGGAAGCCCCACUCCCCCGCCGACACUGCACCACGAUCAUGGAGGAAGAAGCUGUGCAGCACAGCCCAACACCAUUUUCCCCUUUCGGUUUUCUAGAAUAGUCUUGCAGAACUAUUUUUUGGUUUUUUUUUUUUUUUUUGAGAGAGUCUCACUCUGUUGCCCAGGCUGGAGUGCAGUGGCACCAUCUCAGCUCACUGCAACCACCACCUCCUGGAUUCAAGCAAUUCUCCUGCCUCAGCCUCCUGAGUAGCUGAGAUUACAGGUGUGCACCAAAACACCUGGCUAAUUUGUUUUUAUUUUUAGUGGAGACAGGGUUUCACCAUGUUGGUCAGGCUGGCCUCAAACUCUUUGACCUCAGGUGAUCUGCAUGCCUUGGCGUCCCAAAGUGCUGGGAUUACAGGCGUGAGCCACUGCCCCUGGCCAUAGUCUUGCAGAACUACUUUGUCAUUCCACAGAGCUCAGUAGUUUAAGGCACAGCGAAGGUGCCCAGCUGAACUUUGAUUAUUUCCUAUGCAGCAUAAAGUUCUGCUCCUCGGGAGUAAAUCUGCAAAUCAGAGCCUUCCUCAGGAAGAUAGCUCUACAGAUGGCCCAGGGGAACAAGUACAAGCCGUGCAUUCCAGCUCCCAGGAUUUCUUGUUUCAUGUCAUUUUAAAGAACUCAUGGUUUUGGGUAUACUGUGGAGUCCUAGGUUCAUUCCCAGCCUUGGCCUCAGUUGUCAAGCCAGCUGUUCCUUCUCACUUGGGGGAUUCAGCCCCUUCCCAUUUUACCCACCAACUCCUAAUCGUCUCCCCUGCUCUAGUCAACCAUCUUUUUCUGGAAACUCUUCCUGCAUAACCUAGUUUAGAGCAGUCCCCUUGUGCUAGUGUCUAAAGCUUCCUGUUCUUAUCACAAUUUUAAUCAAAGUACACUCUCUCUCUUUUUUUUUUUUUUCUUCCUGAGAUGGAGUCUCACUCUGUCGCCCAGGCUAGAGUGCAGUGGUGCGAUCUCAGCUCACUGCAACUUCUGCCUCCCAGGUUCAAGUGAUUCUCCUGCCUCAGCUUCCCAACUAGCUGGGCCUACAGGCCUAUGCCACCAUGCCGGGCUAAUUUUUGUUUAGUAGACAUGGGGUUUCACCAUGUUGGCCAGGCUAUUCUCGAACUCCUGACCUCAGGUGACCCACCUGCCUUGGCCUCCCAAAGUGCUGGGAUUACAGGUGUGAGCCACCACACCCGGCCCAAAGUAUACUCUUAACCCAGGGUGGGCACACACUGCUACGAUCAAUGAUGGUGUGAGGUAAUAGUGAGUUGUGGGGACUGUGGAGGGAAUAUGGCCACCGAAAGGAUGGUUUCACUUGGCUGCAGCAGAGAGACUGGUUCCAUGAGGGUGUGCACCCAUUGUUUCUGGACCUCCCAUAUUUUCAAAGGAAGCCAGAAUGUGGAGUUUUAAAGUGAAAUGCCCCCCAAUAUUUAAGUACUGACAAUUUUUAAAAACAAUGUAGGCCAAACAAAACGCAUAGGUGGGCCGGGCGCAGUGGUUCAUGCCUGUAAUCCCAACACUUUAGGAGGCCGAGGCAGGUGGAUCACCUGUGGUCGGAAGUUCGAGACCAGCCUGACCAACAUGGAGAUACCCUGUCUUUACUAAAAAUACAAAAUUAGCCAAGCGUGGUGGUGGGUACCUGUAAUCCCAGCUACUCAGGAGGCUGAGGCAGGAGAAUGGCUUGAACCCGGGAGGCAGAGGUUGCAGUGAGCUAAGAUCACACCAUUGCACUCCAGUCUGGCCAACAAGAGCAAAACUCCGUCCCCAGAAAAAACAAAAACAAAUUUUUUGUUUGUUUAGUUUGAGCCACAUAGGUGGCUCCGAGUUUGUAGGUAGCCUGUGGUUUAAUACCUUUCUCUCCCAUUUAACUCAGCUCCACGGGGCACAUGGCAUCUCCCUCUGCUCAUCACAAUGUCUGGAUCAAACAAAUGAAAAACAAAAACACGAUGGCCUCUCCCAGCAAAGCUCCAGGGUUGGAAAGAGUCCCCUGGCAGGGAAUUGGCACCCCGUCGUGCCCAUCCUCUCUCUCUGACUGCCUGCUGGAAAUGCCCCCAUCUCCCUUUGAGUCCUCCUCCCGGGCGACCCCUGUGACCUGUAACCUCUGUCCUGAAAUCAUCACAAUGGCCAGGGUGGCCUCAGCUCAGGGCCUCUGUGACAUCACCAAGGACCUGGCACCAGAUGCCCAGUCUCCCAGUUGCGAGGGCAAGCAAACCCAUCAUGAGCAACUCCUGUCCCCAUCUCUGCUCACCAUGUGGACGCUGAAAUCGUCCCUGGUCCUGCUUCUGUGCCUCACCUGCAGCUAUGCCUUUAUGUUCUCUUCUCUGAGAGAGAAAACUAGCAAACCCCAGGGGAAGGUGCAGUACGGAGAGCACUUUCGGAUUCGGCAGAAUCUACCAGAGCACACCCGAGGCUGGCUUGGGAGCAAAUGGCUCUGGCUUUUGUUUGUUGUUGUGCUGUUUGUGAUACUGAAGUGUCAAAGAGACAGUGAGAAGAAUAAGGAGCAGAGUCCUCCUGGCCUUCAAGGUGGCCAAUUUCACUCUCCAUUAAAGAAAAAAAGAAAUGCUUCCCCCAACAAAGACUAUGUAUUCAAUACCUUAAUCGAACUCGAGGUGGAGCUUAUGAAAUUUGUGUCCAAAGUGCGGAAUCUUAAAGGUGCCAUGGCAACAGGCAGUGGCAGUAACCUCAGGCUUCGAAGGUCAGAGAUGCCUGCAGAUCCACAGCAUGUCACGAUCUAUGACAUAUGGGGAGAAGAAAGCUAUAGCUGAAUGGAUUUGUGUGUCAGGAGAGAAAAAACUUGCAUGUUGACAAACUGUAUGCAAACUAAUAAAACUAUUCUGAAGAAAAGAA